CGCCAUGCCGUGCCGUGCCAUGCCGUGCCAGAAUCUUCCCCCGUCCUCGGAUUGGAUGAAUUUUUUGCUUUUGGGAUGCAGUGCGCACACGACGACUUCUGUUAUUCGCGCUUGCCUUCCGUUCCGGGAAGGGAAGGGAACGGGGUAGGGGGAACGACCAUCGAAAGAAUAGUCCCAGCCGGCAGAAAGGGGGAGUUGACCCCCCAAACGUACCGUACGGACUACCGGCAAGGUUGGUCAAAACGAGAACUACGAAACUACCAAGUAGAGUACAGUCUUGCGCCGAACUCCUAAUACUAGCAAUAGCGACAGGUGUCCACCAUCCGUGCCAUUUGCUAGUAGUCAGUCCCAUUGAUAGAGCUCUAAAAGCACGAUGCUCUAGGGGUGGUUCGAAAGAAUUGCUUGGCCACUUCGUCACCGCAUAAUGCAUCUGGCAUUGGUGGUAUGAUUCCUGAAGUGUAAUAUGAACGGUUUACAAAUAUAAUUAGUACAGUAGUUGUAUCGUUGUUUUUAGUAGUGGUCAAGUGCCGUUGUCGUUGUAUCGUGCCACGCCUUGGCUUGCUGGGCAUCGUUGCCAGACACCAAGAAAAGCAUGUGAUUCGGCUGCUGCUUGCCGCUACUACUAGUAGUAGAGGCAGGAUCACCCCUCCGGCCGCUCGUCCUCGAAGCGGUCGGGAACCGCCCACAGCCCCAGCGCCGGGUUCCCGAUGAAGAAGAACUCGCCGCUGCCGCUGCCGCCGCGCCACCCGUCCCCCGGGAGGUCCUUUGGGUCGAGGCCGUAUUCUCGCAGGGUUUCCCCGAGGUCCGCGUACCCAAAGCCCACCCCCUCGACGUCUUCCCGUGACAGGUGCGGGCCCGGGCAGUAGGUGACACGGAACCGGCCCUCGCUGCUCCCGUGGAUCAGGUGGGCGACGGCGCCCAGGUUCUCUGCCAGCUCCCGGUUCCUCCCGAUCCCCGAAGAAGCCGUUUCGUCGCCGUCGCCGUCGUCUCCCGUGUUCAGGCAGUCCAUGAUCUUCUUCGUCCCGACGUACCCGUGCUUCCGGAUCAGCCGGUCGACCGUCUCGUCCUCCCCGAACCGCUUGACCCCCGGCGCCAAAACGACCAGCUCCCCGCCGUCGGCGAUCGCCAUCCGCGUCCGGUAGAUGGCCUUGUUGCCGAGCCAGGUCGAGUGAAACUCGUCCGGAUCGAGGUAGACGACCAUCUUGGACGGAGACCGAUCCAGCAUGGUGAAAUUGGCGGCCAUGCUCAGCUUGCAGGCCCUCCGAUAGCACUCGAUGGUGUUCCCGACAAAGACCCCCCGGAGGCUCCCGUUUGGGGCCACCACCGUCAGAACGUACCACAGGUCCAGCUUGGACUGCAAAAAGUCCUCGCUGGCCCUGUUCAGUAUGGCCCGCAGGGGGUUGUCGGCCCGGCCCAUCAUGUUCUCCAUCCCGUAGACGGCGCCGAUGAAGUGGGAGAGGUUGAUCGCCUCCAGGCCGCCCACCCCCACGAAGAGGUUCUUGUUGAAGUUGGCCAUGCCCAUGACCUCGUGCGGGACGACCUGCCCGAUCGAAACGACCAGGGGCGGUGGUGCCUCCUUUUCGCCCCCCCGGUGGAGCGCGAGACGCUUCUCCCAGACGGCCCUGUUCAGCUGCGCCGGCCACGGCCGGUCGACCAUCCCGUUGGUGGCCUCCCGGACCAUCGCAGCCGGGACGUGCCCGAUGGUCACCACGUCCUUCCUCCAGUCGUGCACCAGAAAGGGACCGCCGCCUUGUGCGUCCGAGAGGCCCGCGAGCUCCGGGCCGUACAUGGUCUCGAUCUGUUCGCGGGUCAUGGGGGCGUGGGUCCCCAGCGCCGGCAUAAUCUUGAACUCUUGCGGCGGCGGGAACCCCGAGGGGGGAGGAGCGGGCGAUCCGGGGGACGGCGGUAUGCACCCGUAGUACCGCGCGAUCAUUUGCGUGAUUUUCCCCGCCUUGGAAUGGAACCGCGUGAAAUCCGGGGGGAGCAGAAAGACGUCGUCCCGCUUCCCCAGCUUGUCCAGAAAGGAGUGCAGUCCCUCGCGCAGCCGGUCGUCGCCGAUCCCGUCGGCGCUGGUCGGGUCGGCAAGGAUUUCGCACGGCAGCGGGUCGAGAGCCGGGGCGUUUUCUGUGGAGUUUGUGCUGGCCAUCGUGGUUGUGUGGUCGUUGUGGUGUUUGUUCUUGUUGUUGGUUUUGUGAAUUGUUGAUGUUGUAAAUAUGUGCUUCUGUUUCUUCUUUGUGACUGUCAACUCCAAGGAACCUCCCACUGAGAGAAUGAUCCGCUGUACAGCGUGGUUUCAAAAGUGCCAUCAAUCCCAAAAUCUAGCAACAAGAUCCCUGAAGAAGAUUGCGAUGAUUCGAUUCUUCUGCGGAGCGAAGAAAACAUUUCUCGCUCU